UCACCAGAUUUGCCUGAUGCUCGACUACCCAACAUGCCAAAUCAUCAGGGUUCUAAUAWUAAAACGUGCAUGGCUGCCAAUUGUACAAAUACUUCCAGUUUUCCUUGUAAUACUUGUAUGGCUGCUAGUUAUUGCAGUAUACAAUGCCAAAAAUCUGAUUGGCAUUACCACCAAAACGAAUGUCAUCUCAGUUUUUAACUGGAUUGUAGGUUAUUUAUUCAAAAUUGUUAUGAUUCAUUUUUAUAACAUUGUUCAAUAUAUCUGCUUUGGUUUUUAUUUUAACAUAUUACCCUCAACUGCAUCCUCAUGAUACCUACAACUAAAUUUUUUUCAUUCAUGUAUUAAAUUUUAUUAUUUAAUUGGCAAAUGAC